AUGCUUAUUCGCCUUCUAUUGUUUUCCACGUGCGCGUCACAAGUUCUCGGAUGGUCUUGUUACUGGAACAAUAAGUGCGGUUACUCUAACUUCGGCAGUAAAACCGUGUACGAUGACGUCAGAGGAGAUAUUCGAGAUACGGAGAGAAUAGAAGGAUGUAAGCCCAUUGGCGUUUGGGCCUUGGUGAGGCACGGUACCCGAAACCCAAGGCCUUCUAGCCUGGACGCUAUGCAGGAUGCUGCAAAGCUAAAGGACGCUAUAGUGACACAAAAUCUCCACGAAGAUCUCGGCGAGCUGUGUGCACAGGAUAUCACCAAUCUUCAGAGGUGGUCAUGGGAUAGCACUAUCAGUACAACACCAGGGUAUUUGACUACGAAUGGGUACAAGGAGAUGCUCGAACUGGGCACCAGAUUCCACCAGAAGUUCCUACCUCUACUGCAUGAUCUUGGUAGCUAUCAGUUCAGACCAACGUUGGAGCAAAGAACGAUCAAGAGCGCUGAGGCUUUCAUCGAAGGUUUAAAUCAAGGGCAAUUGAAUUUUAAGAAGACAAAUGCCACAGACAGAGACGAUGUUUUAAGGCCUUACUACUAUUGCGCGAGGCAUAAAGUCGAAGUCUAUAAUGGAAACCGUUCAAUAGACGAAAUUAACGAAUAUACUAACACACUCGAGUUCCAACAUAUGUUGCAACGAGUACAAAACAGGUCUGGCUUGCAAGAACCUUUAACAGCGACAAAAGUGAUAGGAUUCUAUGAUCUGUGUCGUUACGGCAGAGCCAUCUCCUCCACUAAGACUUCACCCUGGUGUGCGCUCUUCGCAGACCAAGAUCUGAUGAUCUUGGAGUAUCUUAAUGACAUCCGACAUUAUUUCAGAAAUGGUUACGGUUCUGACAUCAACCGAAUACUAGGCGGACCAGCCCUCAAGGAUCUGUUCAUGAGCUUUCUCUCUAUCGUUACUAGUGGUUUCAAGAGCUUCACGGGAUAUUUCAUCCACGACACCCUGAUUCAGAUGGUGUUUACCGCGUUGCAGCUAAACCGAGACUAUCCAGAGAUAUCAGGCUUCGAAAGGAAAGAUGAAAGAAAAUGGAGGACAUCUUUCAUGACUCCCUUCGCUGGUAACUUUGCGGCAGUGUUGCUCAAAUGCUCCACUAAAGCAGAAUCUGAUCGAUACCAAGUGCAAUUCUUCAUCAACGAGAAAGAGUUCCACCUCUGCGACGCCAAGACCUGCAGCUGGAGCCAAUUCAAUGAAAAAUUCGCACAUUUUCUCAACACUAGUUUAGAUGUUGUUUCUUAUUCCUCGUCUUUAAGAAAGAAUGUGUAA